GAUGCCUCUGAUGAGAGGAAAAGUCGUGCUUCUCCUCGGCUUCGUCUUCCUGACCACCUUCCUGGCUGCGGUGAGGGGACUGCCCGUGAGGACGCGGCGCGGCGGCCCCAAGGAGAGGAGCUCCAAGCUGGCGGAGGUCUCUGCCUCAUCCAACCCCCAUUCUGCAGGGAACGAAGAGCUGUCACCGUCGGGCAAGGCACGGGGGCUGAGGCGAACUGGACAGGCUGGCCCGCGGCGGCACAGGCGCCGUGGGGUGGCUCAGCAGGCUGCCAGGAGCCCAGUGGUGCCCCACCCCAGCAGCACUGGCCGUGAGGAGAGCCUGCCCUUCAUGCUGGACCUGCAGAGCUUGCCGGGGCUGGCCAACGUGGACCUGAGCGCCCAAAACCCCAACAUCCAGGUGACUAUUGAAGUGGUGGAUGAUCCUCAGGCCGAGAUGGAGAUGGACUUGUUGAAAGAGACAAGCAAUGAUUGGUCUGUGACGUCCUCUGAGUGGUUGUCCCACAAGGACCUCUUCUGGCCCCUCUUCUGGGAAUACACCGACCCCCCUGAGGAGGAGGAGGAAGAGGAAGAGGAAGAGGAGGAGGAGGAAGAGGAGGAAGAGGAUGACAACCUGGAUGUAGGAGAUGGGGAAGAGGAAGAGGAGGAGGAAGAUUACACAGCAGAGUAUGAGGAGGAGGAGUCCAUGCUCAGUGGAGUGGGAGGUGACUGGGACCAGCAGUGGCCAGCGCAGAAGAACUGGAUCUUUAAGGAAAAAUAUAGUUAUGACUAUGAAGAUGAGGAAGAGUGGAGCCCUUGGUCCCCUUGCAGCAUCACCUGUGGCAGUGGCAACCAGAAGAGGACCCGGUCCUGUGGCUACGCCUGCACAGCAACAGAGUCAAGGACCUGCGACCUGCCACACUGCCCUGGAGCAGAGAGGGAAAUGGUCUUCCCUACAGAGGAGACUCCUUUCAAAAGUGACAACACUACAGAGCUGUUCAACUCAGAGGUGGACAGCUGUGAGAAGUGGCUGAACUGCAAAAGUGACUUCCUCACCAAGUACCUGAGCAAGGUGCUGACAGACCUGCCCAGCUGCCCCUGCUCCUACCCACUGGAGGCUGUCUACAGCGCUGUCAACCUGCGGGAUGAGCAGCAGGGCAAGAACUUCCGAUGGCGGGAUGCCAGUGGCCCCAAGGAGCGCCUGGACAUCUAUAAGCCAACAGCGCGUUUCUGCCUGCGCUCCAUGCUCUCCCUCGACAGCACCACCCUGGCAGCCCAGCACUGCUGUUAUGACGAGCACACCCGCCUCAUCACCCGCGGCAAGGGGGCUGGCGUCCCCAACCUCAUCAGCACUGAGUUCUCCCCAGAGCUGCACUACAAGGUGGACAUGCUGCCCUGGAUCCUCUGCAAGGGCGACUGGAGCCGCUACCAUGCCAUCCGGCCCCCAAACAACGGGCGACGGUGUGCUGACAACCCCGCCGAGGAGGAGUACCUCUCCCAGCUGCAGGAGGCCAAGGAGUACUAGUCGCAGCCACACUCGGAGGAGCCACGGCCACCUCCAGCUCCCACCCUGGCCCAGCCUGCCAAAGCCCUGGCCCUGCUCAUGGGAAUUUCCAAGGGUGCUGGAGGUUAUCGCGGUGCGAUCCCUGCCGUGCCAGCCAGGGCAGUCUGCGCUUUGGGAUGCCUGGGCUGGCGCAUGGGGAGUCGCAGGGGAUAAGAGGCAUAAAGGGAACAGGGAGAUGCUCCCAUCUGCUUUUAUUUCUACAAUCUUUCAGUGCAACCUGAAAGCUGAGCAUCUGCAGGGUGAAAAGGCCUCAGCUCCUGCUGGCUUCAUGCCAUGUCUGCGGAGCUGACCUGCUGCAGGCAGAGCUGCUGCUCUUGCCUGUACACCUGCCCUGGCACAUGCUGGUCUGCUUCUGAAACUGGGGGUGGGUCCUCCUAGGGAGAGACGGGGCUGUCCCAGCCAUGGUGCAUAGUGGGACCUCCUCUCUCCUUGGGUUUUCGCAUGCAUGGUUGGGGAGGAGCAGAGAGAGGCUUAGCAGGGUUUCAUGAGUCCGGGGGUGGGGUGGGGCAGGAGGAGACUGGCUGCCUGAGCUGCUUUGGCAAGAUUGUCACCAUGGUUUUGGCUGUGAAAGGGAACACUGGGUGCCAAAGCCAGACAUGGGGAGACCUCAGAGGUGGUCAGUACUGUGUGCAUUUCAGCCCCUAUGCCUCAGGUCCCCAGCAGCCCUCUGGUGGGUUUCGGUGCUUGGGAGCACUCAUGACACUCAUGGCCAGCAGAAAGUCCUGCAUUUUCCACCCACAGCCCUCCCAGGGGCAGGAGGCAGCUCAGCUGGUGCUUGUGCUGUUGCUGGAGACAAGUGAAAAACGGUAAGCCAAGUUCUCCAUGGGGAUGGGAACAAGCCAGGCACCACUGGGAGAACUCAAUGCUGUCCCUCUCUGGUCUGCUGCUGGCCUCGGGCCCUGCUGUGUCUGUCCAAGUCCACAGCGAGAGGCAGCCCAGAGAAAGCGAGCCAUGGGUGCACCCUGUGCUCCUUAGGCUCAGUGCCUGGCCAGGUGAACAUGUAUGGAGGAAAACACACAUGUGCUAAUAAUGUCAGUACCUGGUGUCUGCACAUCAUGGAUCAUGAUGCUCUCUGUUAGCGCUUUGGUCAUACCUGGGUUUUAUUCAGCUUCUUACAAAUCCAUGGCAAUUUCUCCCAGCAUAUUUUGGAAUCUCCCAAGUUUCCUGCAGAGAAACUAGACUGAGCACCUUUAUCCCUUGACAUUCACUUGCUGAAUAUGGCAGAAACUGUUCAUAGCUUUUAUUUAGCAAAUUUUAUGCAUCAAAGAAAAGAGUUAGUCAAGCACACAUAAAGAAGAAUGGAGUCAUUUCUAGAGUAGAGGUUUCACCUAAGGCUGUUGGCUACUCUGUAUUUUUCUGCAGGACACUGUUGGACAUGAAAAACAUCAGGGAGCAGAGGUCCUUCAUUGACUAUCCUGUGCUAGGCCUUGUCCUUCUUGUAGGAGCUUUCUCCAGGGCCAGUGAAUAGGCAUGGCCUGAUAGCUCUUCAGGGAAUCUUUCUGGGAUUGUCUUAUACGCGUUGAAUAUAUGUUGAUCUAUCUUCCUUGGUUACCGAUAGAACAUUGCACCCUCGGUUAUCAGUACCUAAGACUUCAUUGCAGGUAAAAAAAAAGUAUUAUUUAAGUUAUCACUGAUAUUAUUCCACACUCAUAUCCCCAGACUCCAGUUACAGGUGCUACGAAAACAUAGGCAGACACUGUCCAUUUCCCAACAGGCAUGCAUUCUGAGAUGACCGGUGUUACAUAAAGGGUGAGAAGGAAGACACAAACAAAUAAGCAUGGAUAGAGACCCAGACCCUGGUAAAAUUUCAUGACCAUUACUUGUUCCCUAGCCCAAGUGGUCAUUUGCUCACUGGUUUCUGGUGAAAAGGUAGUUUCUUUAAAGAGGUGGUCGAGAGGGUAAAGCAGUGAUUUGGUGGCUUGAUUCUUGGAGCCUGGGGUAGGCUGGGCAACAAACAUGGAGGCGUUUGUAUGGGAAGCAGACAAAUUGAGCAGCCAAGGCCAUGGAAGGAUGAGCUUUUUAUCUUCUGUCAUUUUGGCAGAGCAUCUUCGUAUUUCCUCUCCCCAUAUCAUAUGUCAUCAUUAAUAUCAGCAGACUCUCAGAGAAACUUAUUUACCAUCAGUGUACGGACUUCUUUAAAACAACCUCCUGUUGUGCCUAGUGUCCAGCAUUGGACCCACAUGUGAGAGCCUGACCUCUGCAAACAGCCUUUCUUGAAGGAGACUUUCAAAAGCUCAGCCAAUUUUAAACUGGCUUCUCUCUGAGGAAGUGUUCUUGUAAUAAGGACUGUUACCCAGGAUUUGCACCCUUCUCCUCUUUAUACUGGGUAUGUCAAUCAGUCUAACCCCCAAAAAAGAAACUAAUUUCUAUACUAAAUGGAAUUCUCAUCCAAGGGCAAGUAGAAAAAUUUCUUGCAUCGAGCCUCCCCCCUGAGAAAAGCUGGUUGAAAGCCGAGUGGCUGUUUGCUGUCUCUGUGGUUUGAACAAUAUAGGCAUGAACUGGAGCAUGAGAAACAAGAAGCAGAACAAGAAGUUCCUUACACCAGCACUUUAGACACUGUAAGGCUUUGUGGGGCACCAUGAGAAAAGUGGACAUUUAGCAAACAUUUAUAGACCAUUAAAGAUUCUGCCCAGCCCACUGCUAUUUAAGUGAUGAAUCUCUAAGCUUCCACUCCUAAAGUUUAUUGGUUUUUACAUAUAAUAUAUAUAAAAUCUUUUUUAUUUCAACAAAAUUUCAUAGAGAAUAAUUCUUUAUUCUGAUGCUGCAAUAAAGCACUUUAUGUAUGUAUGUGUUGCUGAGGUCAUUCACUUGGGACUGAAGCCUAUGUUGCUAUUUGUUUUGGUUGAGAGGGGUCACACUACAUUGAAUGCUACAUGUUUUGGGUCCCCACCCCCAGCUGUUCUGCAGAGACCCUGGUGGCUUUGGUUUUUUCCCCUUGCAUUUGCAUUUGAUGGUCUCUGGCUGCAAGAAUCUUAGCUAACAGAGACUAUCCAGAGCCCACCGCCACAGCCAUGGUGUAUGUGAAGGAAACAUCCUAUGAGAAGACUAUCAGGAUCAGCGCUGAGAAGCAAAUGCUUUUCCUAUGCCUCAGCUGUGACCCCAGGUUUUAUUCCAUGCUUAGCCUGGCCAGAGCUGGGUACUGGCCAACCAUACACCAGCAUGCUGCUUUAAGCAGUUGCUGAGCAUGGGAGCGGGUGAAGAACAAAACCCAGCAUCAUACUAGCUGGAGAAUUGGUUUGGCAAACCACCUCCAGAGCCAACAGCUAAUGACAGCAGAGGGAUUUGCAAAGCUUUCCAGGGAUCACAACUUUUUGUUGCCAUUAUUUUGCUGCGUAAAUAGUGACCACUUCCAAACUCUUGCUAUUUCCAGCUGGUUUCUCUCCUUCUCUCUUGCUCCUUUUGCUUUGUGCUGACUGCACAUCUGCCAAGGGUUAUCUGCUACUCCAGCAUGGGGCUCUACUCCACAGCUGCCUGGCGCCAUCGCUGGCCCCUGCCUGAGGGGAACAGACGGCUCCUCUCAGCAAAGGAUGCUCUGAGCUUCCCGCUGCUCUUCUGCAACAUCAAAAACAUUGUUGUGUGGAGUCCAAGCCAGGGGGAGCAGGCUGAACUCUGCUCUGCAGGAAAAGCAGCACAGAGUAAAUUAACUUUUUCCCUGGAAGGGCAGUCAGCAGUUACUACUGUGUAUGUAACGUGCCUAACAUGCCUUUAUCCUCUGCAACAAGGUCCUUGCUCUUCCGGGUGCUGAGCCCCACUCUCAAAUUCUGAGGCUAUGGAAAUCCUGCAGCCAGAGGUUGGAAGCAGGAAGAAUUGCUGCCUUAAUUCUGCAGGUGCUCAAGACAAAGUAUCACCUGAGAUAACAGAGUGAGUCUGUGACGGAAUCUGAAGCUGCACCUUUGCCCUCAGCUUUGAACACAAGACUUAUUUGACCAGGUGAGUUGUCAUAGUUUGCCAGUCUGGACCGGAGCUCCAUGUGGCUCAGGUGUAUCAGUUUCCUGGCAUUCAACUUGCAGCUGAGUUAGUUUGUACACAGAAGGAGCUAUGCCCAGGUUUUGCUAGUCAGGAUGGUAAGCGUGUUCUUGUCCCUCCUGGUCUCCCCUCUCCACCUCAGGUGAGUCAGGAGCAACUUUAUGCAAAGACCUUUUGGCCGUGAAUGACUUGAAAGCACAGGUCCGUGGUUAGCAGCUGGGAGACAGUGGGGUGAGUACAGCCCGCCUCUCAGGGUGGGGAAUGCAAGAUUUCAUAGGCACACUCUUGCAGCAACAGAGAUGCCAUUUGUUGUCUGCUUUUCUUCAGGGCUUCCUCUCCAAGAAUCUGCAUCUUGGAAAGUGCACAGGAAGCCCAGCUGGGCCUGGAAGGAGCCACUUUGGAAGAAGACAGAGGAUGAUAAUGCCAGAAGGGUUUGGCCAAAGUCUGUGAAGCAUAUCUCACACUCAAGGCCUGGCCUUAGCCUAGGAAAGAGCAAAGUAUGGUUGUGAUGGUCUGUGGACCCUGAGAGAGUUAGAACUGAAGAUCUGAUUAAUCAAAAAAAAAAACCCAAGCCCUUUCAGGCACUUCAGAUCCUGAUCCAUAGAAGGACCCAUCCCACUGUGUGGCCACACCAGCCAUCCAGGCAAGGUGUGCUGAGGGCACAGCAUGGCAUGCAGAAGGGUGGAAAAAAACCCACUCUAGUGCAGUUUUUCAGCAGUAGCCGUGCUGACCACAGUGCGAACACUGGGCAAACAGGAGAUUGUGGUGAGACCUGGGCUUUGCCUUCACCCUGACUGCAGAGAAUCGUCCCGGCAGGUCCCCAGCACCCAAGAGAGAGGAUCUUCUGCUUCACUUUCACUGACACUGUGCAGAGCAAUGCUGAAAUCACACCAGGGAAGCCCUGCCUGACAUGUCCAUGGGAUGAGAUUUACUUCCUUCAUCUCCACAGAGGAUGGACCCACACAUUUGCAGCCGGGAAAGGAAUGUCACACCCUCCUUCCCUGCCAUGAAGCGGCCAGCUGCCCCUCAGAAAUGCCUGAGAGAAGCCCAGCUGGUGGGCCCUGGCCCCUGCUUUGUUCCAGGUCCUUGCAAGCAUGUCAGCUAUUCUUCUCUCGCUGCAUGGGAGCUCAGCGGUGGGAUCACAGCCGUCAUGGACAGGCCAAGGGCUGUAGCAGAGUCCAUCUGGUGGCCAGCAUCUCUCACCAUGCCAGCCCCGAUCCUGGCUGGGUUUGUCUGUGCUGCAGGAGCUGAGCAGCAGCCGGCAAAGUAGCCAUGAUAUUUCUAAAGAGCUGUGAGAAAGUCUCCCUACACCAGGCACCACAGCCUUUGCACAUAGGGAUGUACCACAGAAAAUGGAUUUAGAUGAUGUCUUAAGAAACUGCAUAGCCCCAUCACAGGAACAUGGGCAAACCAGUCCUCACCUCACCUAGGGUCCUACUCUCUCCUAGGCUUCAAGCUUUCCAGUGAUGGAGAUGCCACAGUAACCCUCAGCUUUACAGUUCUGGCAGAGAGAGAUAUUUUCCUAGCAGACAACCUAAAUCCUUCCUCCUUUUUUUAAAGCCACCUGAAUCACAUCUAUAAUGGUCACAGACAGCAUAUUUUUGCCUUAUUUGCUCUUAUCUCUUCAGUAUUUCAGAAUUUUACCAUUGUGCUCCCUAUUUCCUUCCUUCUCCGCCAUCUUCUCUUCCUUAGACUAAACAAAUGCACUUCUUUCAGGCUCUCCUUAGAAGCGACGGACCUCUAGUCAGCUCUUUGCCCACCACUGGGUUCCCUCCAAGUAAUUCACAUCUUUCUUGAGGCAUGUCUUGUAUUGCAGGGAUUCUCUUACUGAAGCCAUAGUGUCUUAUCUAGGGCUUUCUUCAUAUUAUGUGGAAAGAUUUCUUCACAAGACCUACAAACACCAGUCUGCUCAGGCAGCUUUUGUUCUCUUCCAUGAUGUUUUAAAUUUCUGUUCAUUUGAAAAUUCACCAUAACCUGCCCAGCUUAAAUGUCUUUUACAGAUGUGCUGCCAAGCAUAUUGCUUCCCCUCUUUUCACACAUUACUGCCCCAGUGUAAAACUUCACAAUUCAGCGAGGGCAAAUGUGCUUGUUUUUUUCUUGUGGAUCAUUUUUCCACUUGGUCAAGACCAUUUAAAUCCUUAUCUUGUCUUCUAAGGGUUUUACAGCACUGAUGGUGAUGUAAAUUAUGUUGGACUUUUAAGUUAUCAUCAUCUGAUUUAUCAUCUUCUAUACUAAAACAUACUCGAUUCAUUAGAGCUUUAUAAGGCCUUCCCUUAUUUACAAACAAAAAUAUCAUAUAAAACUUUGCCUAAAGUCUUAAUAAAGCACUGAUAUUCUGCCAAAGAAAGGCAUAGGUUGAAUCGAUAUUUGUUGUGCUUGAUAUAACCAUGAUACGGGAGUGCUAGCCAUUAUUUUUUUAACUGAUUAACUGGGUACAGGUUACUGACUGCAUUUUUCAGUAUUUUUUCAUGAACUGAUGUUACAGGCUGCUCUGAUUCCCUUUGUCCUCAUCUCUCACUCACUCUCUCUUCCUCCUUCCCUCUCCCCAGCCCCAUUCCUCACUGAAUUCUAAAAGAUUGCUCCACUUUCCCAAGCAAGUCUUCUAAGAUAAACAGCAUCAAGCCCUGUCAUGCUGGAAACAUCCAACUACUUUCAUUCUGGCUUAAAAAAAGAUAAAAAAAUUAAAAAAUCAUUUAAGUUCUUCCUAUUUUGCCACUGAAGCAGGAUUGCAAUGGCAUUCCAAAGCAUUUUCAAUAGUUACUUAGGCUAGGGGCUUUCAAUUUCUUUGAUUUGUGGCUUGAUUUUCCCAUAGAAUUUUCACAUACACAAAUGAUGAAAACACAGGAGAAAGGGCCAAGUGGGUCGUAACAUAGGUCCACCUAAACCAGUAUUCAGUCUCUGACAGUGGUCAACAGCAGGUGACUAGGAAGAUAGACUAAAAAGAAGGACAAGCACACAUCGCUAGUUCCCUGAAGUACUUUCCUUGUUGCCAGCAGCUGGUGGUGAAGAGGUUUCUUGAGCCAGGUAUGAUGGUCAUUCUGUUUAAUAGCCUUUGGUUGUUUCAUUCCUCCACGAAUCUUUUCCACCCCUGUUCUAAAUCCAUGUAAACUUUUAGUGGCACCAUACCACCAGCUGCAAGAAAUUCCAGAAUUCACUAAAUCUGUUCAGACUCCCCUUUUUAGGAACCCCAUAGUCUGUUUUUUGAUGGUUGCUCCUUACUCAUCUUCUCCAUGUGCCUUGUAAGUCAUAGCCAGUUAGCAUCCACCUCUGACCUCUCAUCACUGAAAAACUCAGUUUAUUUUGUCCGUUUUCUGGGGUUUUUAACCCUUGUUUUCUUUAAACCACAAAACUUUCCCUCUCAUCCUAUAUCAUUUUGGAUUCCUGAAGAGCCUUUGAGUAGGGGUAUACUGGACUUCACUUUUCUUCCUCACCUUAUAUAGCCCCUCCUACCUUCCACCAAACAGCUGAAGGACUGCAAACUGUCCAGCUCUACUGACACUCCUAAGUAAAGCAAAGGUCUGGAGUUUCUCAGUAGCAUCUACGUAGCUGCACUAGAUGUCAGCUGUUGCUGAAGGAGUGGGUCUCUUUGCUGAGAGCAGGCAAGAUACAGGGCACGGACAUCCACUAGCAUGCAGCGACUUAAGGCUCAGAUCACCUUUCCCAAAUAAAUGGCUGAAGUGGUGUAAGACACUACCACCGCUGUGCUCUGUUAGAAUCAGCAUAUCCUGACACGAUCUGCACCUCAGGCUAAGUAAUACCUCACUGCUUGGCCUUCAUUGGUGGCUUAGUCCAAUAGACUGAGUUGUGAACAGCAGUCAAGGCAUGGCUACAUGGCUAGACAGCCUGUUCUGCUGCUGCAGGGAUGGCGUUUCCCAGCCCAAGGGGCAUGAAGCCAGUUGGGUCAACACCAACGUAACUCAGGGCAGCCAGUUUUGCUGGCAGAAUAGCCCUCCAACACCCCUCAAGCAAAGCCCCGAGUCUGUGAGCCCACGAAUGCAGGUUGCUGGCUGAGGCCAAAACAUGUCCUAUUAGAGUAGCAGCAG